UUUACCUGUUACGGCCUAUAUACCUGUAACACACACUCCUUCACCACCACCACCACCUGACACUGUGUGAGCGGUGUUAAAGCUACACUUUACCUGCGGGAAUAUCUCUCUCUGUUGUUCACCUUUGGACCAUCAUAGUUUAUUUUCACCGGGACGACUUGGACUUUAUCCAGAUUAUUUCCUCUUCAUGCUCAUAACGCUGGAUUGACUUCUCGCCUGCAUCAUCCCAAGUAAACAACAAGAGAGCUACAUCUCUCUGAACUCGCAAGAGGUGCAGCGUGUCCAACACUCCUGGUGGAUUUGCUUGAUUUCUCUUGUUUGGAAUUGGAAGUUUUACCUGCGAAAGCCUGUGAUUGUUCGUUUUCGUGUGAGCAGCUCCUGGGGCUGCAAAAUCAAGACACAAGAUGAUGGAAGAGAUGUCCAUGAUUAUGGCCUAUGAUGCCCAACUUAUGGAACAGAUGACCGAGGAAGAGAUUCUCGCUUGCCUGGUCCCAACGGAGGAAGUUACACUAAAGGAAAGCCGGCUUCAAAUAAUGGAUGAUGAAGAAGAGCCUUCGGAGAGAUACCAGAGGGAGAACCAUCGGCUGCAGCAGGCCAGCCUCCGUCUGGAGCAGGAGAACGACAACCUCGCCAACAGACUGAUCAUCAGCAAGGUCGCCUUGAGGAACGCUCUGGACAAGGCGGAGGACCGAGUGGAUGAACUCACCAAAGACCUUUUUCAGACCAGACACGAACUGCAGGCUACAGAAGACGAAAAAAGAGAGAGAGAGGAGGAAGCUGCAGUGUCGAAGGAAGUGUUUCGGAGAGAGCUGCAGAAGACUGAGGAGGAAGUCAGAAGGCAGUCGGGCAUCAUUGCAGAAUACAAACAGAUCUGCUCAGAGAUGACAAAACGUCUGGAGAGGCAGCAGGCCGCCCACAGAGAAGAGUUAGAUUCAUUCCAUAAUAAAGUGAGGGCUUGCUCACGCUGUCGACGCGUCAUAGAAUCAUUUGAACCAUCAACUCCAACGUCUCCAACGACAGCAGCAGCGACAGGAAUCCGCUGGACGAUUGAACCGGUCUGGGAAGAGGACGACGAAGGUCUCAAAAAGGCAGAGCAGGCGGAAAAAAACGACCUGGAGAAGGAGUCCCUCAAGGCCCAGAUCACGGAGCUGGAACAGGAGUUGGCCCAGACCAAACUCCAGAUGGUGGAGGCCAAGUGCAAGAUCCAGGAGCUGGAGCACCAGAAAGGAAUCCUGACCAAUGACCUCCAGGAUGCAAAGAACACCUGGAUCAGUAAGGCCUUCACCUCGCUGCAGACCUCCGGCAGCGGAGGGGGUCUUAACAGUAUUAGCAUACCCGCACGUGGAGCUCCCGCACUGAGCUGGAAUCUCCACCGUGCCUCCUUCUCUGAAUGGAAGGCCAAGAUGCCGUCGUGGCCUCACAGAGACCACCGAGAAGACGGUGGUCUCUGAUGGCUCGGACUGUGAAUGUGACACAAUAGAAAGAUCGGACCUCAGAGUAUUUAUUCACAUUAUGUUAUGUGCAGUAUGUAUUCAGUACUGUAGCUGCUAUUUCUGGUUUUGUGUUACUAGAGGGCAGUCUAGAGCACAAAACAAGAGAGUACCUGAGAGCACACACAGGUGCUGUCAGACAUGUACUCUCUUGUCUGUUUCCAACUACUGAACACACUGAUGAAGUUAUUUUUUAUAUUUGUAAACCAAAUCCGUGCGCCGGGUGAGUUUUUUUUGUACAUAAUUCUUUAUACUUGUGCUGUACUUCUUGU